UAGUGAUCGAUAAGUUCUACUUUCAUAGAUUUAUUCACUCAUAGAUUUCAUAGAGUUCUACUUUCAUACCCUUCUUUCCAACAUGAAGCAAAAGCUAGUAGUGAGUGUGCCAAUGCGCUGUGACAAAUGCCGAAACAAGGCCUUGAAGAUUGCUGCAGCUGCACACGGUGUGAGCAAAGUGUCGAUCGAAGGAGCAGACAAAGAUCACAUUGAGGUGAUUGGAGAUGGGGUUGACUCUGUUUGCUUGACCAGUUUGUUAAGGAAGAAGCUUGGCUUCGCCACCAUUGUCAAAGUUGAAGAAGUGAAAGAAGCUAAAGCUGAUAAGAAAGAGGAAAAGCCAACCGGUCCUCCAUGCUAUGUUCAAUAUUGUCCUCCAGUGUACUGUGAACUGGUUCAUGAAUAUCCAGAACCAGUCCAAUGCUCUAUCAUGUAAUUCCCAGCAAUUACUGUAUUUAGCUUUGAAGAUCACGCUACGGUGACUUUGUAAUAUUGGUAGUAUACAUUUUGUUGUACUCUAUUAUUGUCAAUAAGACAAAACCUUCCAACCAAACAUUCUU